UGAAAGAACAACACGAAAAUACCCUCAACUCAAACAUCCCUAUAUUUAGUAAUUCCAACCCCCCAAAAAGAAAAAAAGAACAAGAGGCUCUUUACAUCAUCUACACCAUUCUUCAUCAACAAAAGCAAAAACCCUAAUUUGUUGUUCCAUAAUUAUGCAGCCUUGUAGUCGUGAAAUGCAAGCAAUGAACUCUCUAUUAAACCCUUCCCAACAAAUUCCCCUCCAAGACCUACAAAUCAACAGUCAUCAUCCGCAGUUCGAUGAUCCCGCAUCGUCCCACGAUGACUUCUUAGAACAGAUGCUCUCAACGACGUCGUUCCCUGCUUCUUCUUCCCCAUGGUCCGACCUCAAGUCUCCUUGGGAUCCACCCAAACCCCAAGAAUCUGGUCCUUGUAACCUCGAUAACAAUGCAGCCGCCGCCGGGUUCCACCAUGAUGAGAUUCUAUCUUCCAAGCUUAGACAACAACAACAUCAAAUCAACGAAGGAGAUGGCAGUAACUCUUUCCAAGCUAUGAAGAUGAUGAUGAUGAUGCAACAACAGAUGAUGGUAGCCGGAAGACCCACGGUUGCCGCCUCCGCCAGCGGCGUAGGAACACAUCAGGGUGGUGGAGAAGAUUCCAUACAAGCUUUAUUUAAUGGCUUCGGCGAUGGAUCUUUUCAUCAUCCACAAGCAAGUUUUGGGGCCAACUCGACAACGGAGAUAAACCAAAGUCAGGGUCCGACAGCCGUCGCGCCGCCGACGGAAAAGCCAAAACAAAAAGUUAGGGCAAGGAGGGGUCAAGCUACUGACCCGCAUAGUAUUGCUGAACGACUACGGAGAGUUAAAAUUGCAGAGCGAAUGAAAGCUCUUCAAGAACUGGUUCCUAAUGCCAACAAGACAGAUAAAGCUUCAAUGCUUGAUGAGAUCAUCGACUAUGUCAAAUUCCUCCAGCUCCAAGUCAAGGUUCUGAGUAUGAGCAGAUUGGGCGGUGCUGCUGCUGUUGCUCCCCUUGUUACUGAUAUGCCAUCUGAGGGAGGUGGUGAUUGCAUUCAAACGAGUGCUAAUGGUGGAUCCCAUACACGAACUUCCAACGGCAACCAAACGCCGCCUGCUAACGACAGCCUGACGGUGACGGAGCACCAACUGGCCAAGCUUAUGGAAGAGGACAUGGGCACCGCCAUGCAGUAUCUUCAGGUGAAGGGUCUAUGUCUCAUGCCGAUCUCGCUCGCCACAGCCAUCUCAACCGCCACUUCUCAUUCAAGGAACCCAAUGAUCAGCAAUGAGAACCCAAACACCGGCAUUAACGGAAUCGGUAGCAACCCUUUGCUACAAUCGAGCGGUGGUGAUGGGCCUUCCUCGCCUAGCAUGUCGGUGUUGACCGUCCAGUCAGCCACCAUGGGUAAUGGCGGUGCUGAUGGCGCUGCCUCCGUUUCCAAGCCGUGAUAGCGGCGUUUGUGACUGACCAUUAUUAGGCAUUAGCUCCAGACACAGUUGAAGGGCAGCUUUGAGUCUAUGAAAAAUAAGGUUGUCUUUGUUCAAUCGUGUUUUUUCCCCCUGCAAACGACACCGUAUUUAUAGACUUUAUAGGCUAAACCCUGAAGUCAGUUCCCGUAAUGGAAUAAACUUUGAACCUAAAUAUUUUAUCAUUUUAUCUACAAUCGAAUAAUUAUAAUUGUUUUUCAUUUAA